AUGGUUGCCUCUGCUGUCCGCAUGCGCGCUCCCAGCGCUAUGUUCCUCAAAGGCGCCUCCUCUCUGAGGAGGCCGCAGGCCGUUCACAGAUUCAAGGAGACCAUCCAACCUCAAUUGCCUGCCUUCUCCGCCCUUUCCCGCUUCUACGCCUCCAAGUCCUUCCCUCCUCACACCAUCAUCAGCAUGCCUGCUCUCUCCCCCACGAUGUCCGCCGGAAACAUCGGAGCCUGGCAAAAGAAGGCCGGUGAUACCCUUGCGCCUGGUGAUGUUCUCGUGGAAAUCGAGACCGAUAAGGCCCAGAUGGACUUUGAGUUCCAGGAGGAAGGUGUUCUGGCUAAGGUCCUGAAGGAGACCGGUGAGAAGGAUGUUGCGGUCGGCUCGCCCAUCGCUGUCCUUGUGGAGGAGGGCACUGAUGUCGCCCCCUUCGAGUCGUUCUCUCUGGAGGAUGCUGGCGGUGAUAAGCCCGCCGCUGCCCAGGAGAGCAAGGAGGAGCCCAAGGGUGAGGCUGCUCCCGCGCCCACUCCCGCCCCCGAGCCGGCCGCUGAGGAGCCCGAGUACAAUGGAGAGAAGCUCCAGCCCAGUCUGGACCGUGAGCCUUCCAUCAGCCCCGCUGCUAAGGCUCUCGCUCUGGAGAAGGGUGUUCCGAUCAAGGCUCUGAAGGGUACCGGACGGGGUGGUCAGAUCACCAAGGAGGAUGUCGAGAAGUACAAGCCCACCGCUGUCGCCGCGGAGGCUCCUUACGAGGACAUUCCUCUCACUUCCAUGCGCAAGACUAUCGCCACCCGCCUGCAGCAGUCUAUGCGCGAGAACCCCCACUACUUCGUCUCGACCACUCUGUCCGUCUCCAAGCUUCUGAAGCUUCGCCAGGCCCUUAACGCCUCUUCCAACGGCCAGUACAAGCUCUCCGUCAACGACUUCCUCGUCAAGGCCUGCGCCAUCGCCCUCCGUAAGGUGCCCGCUGUCAACUCCAGCUGGCGCGAGGAGAACGGCCAGGUUGUUAUCCGCCAGCACAACACCGCCGACAUCAGCGUUGCUGUGGCCACCCCUAACGGUCUGAUCACUCCCGUGGUCAAGAACGUUGGCGGCCUUGGUCUGUCCAACAUCUCGAACCAGAUCAAGGACCUUGGCAAGCGUGCGCGUGACAACAAGCUCAAGCCCGAGGAGUACCAGGGCGGUACCUUCACCAUCAGCAACAUGGGCAUGAACGCCGCCGUGGAGCGCUUCACCGCUGUUAUCAACCCCCCUCAGGCCGGUAUCCUGGCGGUUGGUACCACCCGCAAGGUUGCUGUCCCCGUCGAGACCGAGGAGGGCACUGCCGUUGAGUGGGACGACCAGAUCGUUGUGACCGGCAGCUUCGACCACAAGGUCGUUGAUGGCGCUGUUGGUGCUGAGUGGAUCAAGGAGCUGAAGAAGGUCGUCGAGAACCCCCUGGAGAUGCUCCUGUAA